GCAUCAAAAACACACAAGCGCCAGCCUACGUACUAUUCUACACUUCAAUUCAAGUUCAACACACAAGUCUAAGCCUGCGAUCUUCUGAACUACAUCAUAAUGACGACUUUUAUUGAAAUGAGAGUGGAUAUGGAUUGUACUGGCUGCCAGAGCAAGAUAAGGAAGGCUCUUAAAAAACUUGAUGGGGUUGGUGAUGUUGACAUAGACAUGGCACUGCAAAAGGUGACUGUCACGGGUUGGGUGGACCAGAGGAAGGUCCUGAAGGCAGUGAAGAAAACAGGGAAAAGAGCGGAGCUGUGGCCGUAUCCUUACAUUCCUGAUGAGUACCAUAACCAUGCACAGCAAUACUACCCGCAGCAGCAGCAGCUAAUUAUUCAGAGCGAAGCAGCACCGAUGACCCACCAGCUGCGAGAGGUGCCCACUGCUUCAUCCACCUACAAUUACUACGAACCUGGCUAUGACGGCCAUGACGAUGGAUACUAUCAGCAGCCGGUUUAUUCUUCCAUCGUUGAACAGAGCAGGUUAAUGUUCAGUGAUGACAAUCCCUAUGCUUGCUCUAUAAUGUGAUAUUUAAUUUCAGGCAUUUUUCUUUAUAUUUUGGUAAUUUUCUAUGAGAUUAAACCUUUUCAAUGCAAAAUUUUUAUCAUGUAGCAAACCUCGUGUCCAACCAAUUGUAACAAUUAGAAGCUAAUUAUUUUGAACUCUAGUUUCAACAAUCUCCAUGUAAUAAGUACAAAAAAAUAAAUGGAAUUCAAUCUC